AUUUAAGUUUUUAUAAUAAUAAAUGGAAAGUACUACUAAAGCUAUUGAAGAAGAGAACACCCAGAUAAUCAGCCAGGAGAAGUCUGUCAUGGCAGAAGCCAAGGAGCAAGAGGUCACCACAUGCAAGAGCAUCCUCUAUAAGGUUCUUCCAGAUUUAAAAGUUGAGCCAUCGGAUCCAAACUCCGCAGAAGUUUCAAGAAACAGUGGACUUGACAUUGAGUUGAACAAAAUCAGAUAUGAAAAACUUUUGAAAAGUUUGAAGUGUCUUAAGGUUUUUGAUAUAGAUUGGCUUGGUUUGGAUUAUAUUGCUUCUAAAAAUAGGCGUUCUGUUUUAAAUUUCUUACAAUCCUCAUUCCCAGAUAAAAUUAAGAGUCUCACUUUGUGGCCCAGUGGCCUAAUGGAUCUGAAAAGGUGCAACUACUUAAACUCCCUGACCAGACUCACCUCCAAAUUCGUUCAAAGAGUUAACUUUGAACGUUUCAGCAUCGGCCUGCCCCAACUCAAGAGGCUCGUGGCAGCUUUCAGACAUGUGAGAAUUUUGUGAUUGCUAAAUUGCAGGCUAUCUAUCCCAAGUGUUCCUGAUUUGUCAAAGGCUCUGAAGGAUUGCCAAAUCCAGAAAAUAGAUUUAGAAGGAUCAGGAGGCUCGGAUUGAAGUGAUUGGGAGAACAACUUCGACGAGUUCGUGAACUUGGUACAAGGGUUAGCAAGCUCUCCAGAUUUAAGAUUGAGUCUUGAAAAAGUAAUUGUCUUUGACUGCGGAGUGACCAAAAAUCAAGUUGAACAAUUCUUUGAAGAAAACCUGCUUGGAGAAGUUAACAUAAUUGGUGGAGGAUAACUUUUG